AUGGAAGUAGACGGAGCAUCCGAUGAUGAGGAGUUUCCUAUCCGACGAACUGUCAAAAAGCCAGAAUUCCUCUCCGACGAAGAAGAGGAAGAAGACCAGGUGGUUUGGGAGCGCAACGUAGCAGUGUGCACUUCCGUGCCGAACACUGAAAUGUUCUGUGUCUCUUAUCCAUCGAGCAAAAGAGAUGCGUGGGAUGCCAAAAAGUUUCCGGUGGCUAGAUAUAAAAAGAAUGUUCGAUUGUUAGAAAUGCGUUUUCUCGCUGACACCUCGGUCGGAUCGUAUGACAAGAAGAAGGCGGAAUUGAUGUACUCUGGAGGUGCGGAUUCUGGAAAAGGAGGUCAUAAAUCGGGAGUCGAAGCUAUCCGGGCCAAUGACGAAGUCUAUGAAGGUCGAGCAUUUAUUCACGACCAUCCCAUUGUCAACGCCGUUGGAUUUAUGAAAAACGGAGAAUUCUUCCUCCAUCCUCUCACUGGAUCCUUCGAAAUGCACAGAUCGAUACACGCAUUGAACAAAAAAAAGAAGUCGGGAAAAGGAGGCUCUGAUGAGGACUCUUCUGAAGAAGAGGACGAGCCAGAUCCAAAGAAAGCAGGAACGUCCUCAGCGAUUCGUGUGAAGUUCUCGCGCCCGGAAACAGAGAGACAGAAGAAGAGAAGAGAGGCAUCGGCGUUGCACAGGGAGAAGAAGAUUGCCAGUGAUCUGUGGAUUCCUAUGAAGGUUCAUUUGAAAGAUGAUGAGUCGGUUGGCAGGAAAAAGGAAAUGAUUAGUAGUAACUCGGUGAAAACGGAAGGAGGAGGUGCGGAAACGUUGCCGCCACCUGAUAUGAGUAUAAAGGAGCUGGUGAAUCGAGCGAUUAUCUGUGGGCUUAAGGAAGAAUUAGUCAUUGAAGCAGGAAAAGAGCAUAUGCUUUCCAAACAAAGAAUCGAUGAGCUAUCGUCUCCGGAAAUGAAGCUCAAGGCACAUAUGGUUAAAUCGCAUGUUAUGAAGACAUCCGAAAUGCGUAAAUUGAUUGAUUCAUCGCUUAUGAGCACUGACGCACUGAUUCAAAACCUGAAGGCGUGCUCUAGGCUGGUCAAUGGAGUAUGGGUGUUGGAUUCGAAUCUAAUGUUCCAAAACUUGCCACCCGCUCACUCGAAUGUUGCUGGAAAGACUGAUCUCUAUCGUGCUGAGCUAUGGAGAAACGCCCGUGAUCUUGCACUUUGCCUAAUUGAUGGAGGUCAUAGGGUGACUAGAUUAUCCCUAAUGACCUGCUUCAAGUUGAGUGACAAGGAUGCAGAUGAGAUUUUGAGCACAUUUGGUGUCAAGUGUGAAGCUGCACGAUCCUGGAAGCUCCGGAUGGAAAGAGAUCCAGAGUUUUUGAAUGACCCUUCUAUGCAAAAGCACAUCAUCAGUGAGAAGGAAAAGUGGAUCCAGACAUUCAACGACCUCGAGAAGUCAUUCCACGUGGCACCUAAAACUCCAACAUCCAAAAAGUGA